AACAGGAAAUGCAACAGCUGUAAAUUUCUCAACUGACAGGAAACUGAGUCUACAGGCAGCUGUACUCAGAGUGAACCCCAGUGAGGCCCUCUGUGGUUUUCAGUACAUGGGUAGAGAGGCUCCACUGAAGCCCAGCGUUCAUUAGCACUUCUGUUUUCAAAGAUGAUCACUGUUUGACCACUGAUGCCGGAUUCAACGGACUGAAAAAGAGAGGGAUCAAAGAGAGGAGUGGAAAAUUAAGUGGGGGGGAGAAGGAGGGGCUGUGGAGAACAGUGAAGUAGAAAGGGAUGGAGAGCGUUUCAUCGGAUCAGUCAGCCAGCGUGGAUGAGCUGGUGGAAGCCUGCAUCAAAGCCUUUGACAAUGAAGGCGUUCUGAAGGAGCCAUCUCUCGUGCGAAUGUUUCUUACCAUGCAUCCCUGGUACCUGUCAUCCAGUGACCUAGCUAAGAAACUCCUGCACAAGUCUCAGGAACAGGAUUGUUCUGCAAUUCGCCAGUCUCAGAUUUGUCACCUUGUCAAGUACUGGAUAUCUGAGUUCCCAGCUGAGUUUGACCUGAACCCCGCUCUGGCUGAGCAGAUCCGCGGUCUGAAAGAGCGACUGGAGCAGAAUGGAGAUGUGAGGCGAAGUCUGCUCAUCGACAUAGACAGCAUUCCAUCUUACGAAUGGCGACGUCAACUGGAUGAAACUGUCCAGAAAAAACGCAAGACCUCUCUUCUUUUUGACCACCUGGAUGCUUCCACCCUGGCUGAACACCUAACGUAUAUGGAGUACAAAUCAUUUUGCAAAAUUCUGUUCCAGGACUACCACAGUUUCGUGAUGCACGGCUGCACGGUGGAUAAUCCCAUUCUGGAGCGUUUCAUUACUCUGUUUAACAGUGUUUCCCAGUGGAUCCAGAUCAUGGUUCUCAGUAAGCCUACAGCUCAGCAGAGAGCCACUGUCAUCAGUGAAUUCAUCAAAGUGGCCCAGAGGCUAUUGCAGCUGCAGAACUUCAAUACACUGAUGGCUGUAGUGGGUGGGCUCAGCAAUAGCUCCAUUGCUAGACUCAAGGAUACGCAGGCACUCAUCGGCAGCGAGACACGCAAGGUCUUUGAUGGAUUGGUGGAGCUGGUCACCUCCUCUGGAAACUACAGCCGCUAUCGUCAGCGCUUCUCAGAAUGUUCGGGAUUCCGCUUCCCCAUCCUUGGGGUGCAUUUGAAGGAUCUGAUUGCCGUCCAUGUGGCCCUGCCUGAUUGGUUUGACCUGGAGAAGACUAGGGUCAACCUAACCAAGACCCAUCAAUUGUAUGCCAUCCUAGAAGAACUGGCGCUUAUUCAAAGCACUCCGCCCAGUAUAGAAGCCAAUUCAGACCUGCUGAAUCUGCUUAUAGUGUCUUUGGACCAGUACCACUCAGAGGAUGAGAUAUAUCAGCUAUCUCUACAGAGGGAGCCUCGCAACAUUAAAUUAUCAACUUCCAGCUCAAAGUCACAGUCUCCUCUAAUAGAACAGUGGUCAUCUUCAGUCAAACCCAAAGCGGAUCCAGCCAUCAUCAACAAACACAUUGAAAAACUGGUGGAGUCAGUGUUCCAAAAUUUCGACACUGAUAGCGAUGGCUACAUUUCCCAAGGAGAGUUUGAGAUCAUCAGGAGCAAUUUCCCUUACCUCGGCAAGUUUGAUGAACUGGACCAAAACCAAGACUGUAAAAUUAGCCGUGAGGAGAUGAUUGAGUACUUCACAAAGGCGAGCUCCUUACAGAACUGUAAGAUGGGUUUUGUUCACACGUUUACAGAGAUGAGCAGCGUCAAGCCUUCAUUUUGUCGGCACUGCUCUCGUUUGAUAUGGGGAUUUUACAAACAGCGAUGCAAAUGCAAAGUGUGUGGGGUGAGCUGUCAUAAAGACUGUUGCAGUCGUUUGGCCAUCGAGUGCCGUAAGCGUGCACAGAGUGUCAGUUGUCACAGUGACGCUUCCUUUAAAGCCACACGCUCUUUCAGCUUUCCACCUCCCUCCAGCACAGAGCCGAUAGCAGAGUCCCCAGUCAUCACAGGCGGCUCUCUGGAGGAACAGGAUGAGGUUUUUGAUGUCCACCUUUGAUGGGGUUUGAAAAGAUGUAUAUUGCCAACACAUUCUCCUCGUGGUUGAGAGCUUUUUCAUUAAGUCCUUCUCAUGAACAGAAAUCCAUCACCUGGCAUUAGAUACGUUCCUCUCCUCUCUAUUUCCACAGGAACAUCCUGGAGCAAAUCCAUAAGCAAGCGCAGCAGCAGGGACAGAGCUGCACUGCGUGUGUUUGUUGUCCAAGGUGAUCCAUUCACUUGAACUCUUCUAUACUGUGAUCUCUCAUGGGUUUUUAGUCUGAAAAUAGUACAUGGAUUUCAAACAAAUAUGAAAAAAAGCACCAGCUAAGUUGCAACAAAUAUUUGAAGAGGUCGUAUACAUUUUUACUAUUUUAGUUCUUCCUUAAAGUACACUUAUGAUGUAGGUAAAUUUAGCUUUUCAUAACCAUUUUUCAUCCUCUUAGUAGAAGUAGAAUUAAAUGUUGUUUAGGAUGAAAUGGGUCUAGAAGCAACCCAUUACAAUGUACAGUAUAAUCUGUCACCUAUGCAUAUAUAUAUAUAUUUUUUUAAAUCUUAC